AUGGGUUGCAUCUGUUCGAAGGAAACUCAAUCAAAUGAAUAUGUCGGGGAUAAUAAGUAUAACCAUGGGGAGAAAGAGGACAACGUUAAGGCGGAGACGAACGCCGCUGCGUGGUUGAUUUCGAGCCAGCAGCCGAGCCAAAAGUCCGGUUCCGACGACGAGAAAAACAAGAUGACAUUGGCGGUCGUUGAGAAGUUUAAAAACACCCCAUCACAGAUUCAAAGGGGACUAUCAUUGGAUGCGCAGGCAAGGGGUGGACAAGGGCACCAGCAGAGGUUUUCGAGGCUCGUGAGCGUGACCGGUGGGGAGAGAGGCGGGCAGAUCGUUUCCGGCUGGCCGUCGUGGUUAGUAUCCAUCGCCGGAGAAGCCAUCAGUGGGUGGAUUCCUAGCAAGGCAGACUCGUAUGAACGGUUGGAAAAGAUCGAUCAAGGGGCUUACAGCAGCGUGUACAAAGCUCGGGACGUCGAAACGAACAGGAUAGUCGCCUUGAAGAAAGUUCGAUUUGGUAAUAUGGAUCCCGAGAGUAUUCGAUUCAUGGUGAAGGAGAUUAUUAUUCUACGCAGGCUUGAUCACUCGAAUGUUAUGAAGCUUGAAGGUAUAAUCACUUCUAGGGUGUCAGGAAGUUUGUACCUUAUAUUCAAAUACAUGGAGCAUGAUCUUGCAGGGUUUGCAGCAACGCCGGGGAUUAAACUCACCGAGGCUCAGAUCAAGUGCUAUAUGCAGCAGCUGCUCAAUGGACUCGACCAUUGCCAUAGUCGAGGCAUUCUGCAUCGUGACAUCAAGGGUGCAAAUAUCCUGAUAGACAAUAAUGGUAACCUCAAGAUUGCUGAUUUCGGACUGGCAACUUUUUCCCAUGCCGAUGAGAAGCGGCCUAUGGCGAGCCGUGUCGUAACUUUGUGGUACCGCCCUCUGGAGCUUUUGCUCGGUUGUACAGACUAUGGAGCUGCCGUUGAUCUGUGGAGCGCUGGUUGCAUUCUCACAGAACUAUUUGCUGGAAAGCCUAUCGUGCCUGGAAGAACAGAGGUGGAGCAACUACAUAAAAUCUUCAAGCUCUGCGGAUCACCUUCGGAAGAGUAUUGGAAGAGAUUGAAAUUACCGCACGCUACCCUUUUUCCAUACCUAACACUUUUCAAACCUCAACGACCAUAUAACCGUAGCAUUAGCGACACAUUCAAGGACUUCCCUGCUUCUACUCUGGACUUGUUGGAGGUUCUUCUUGCAACAAAACCCGAGCUUCGUGGAACUGCUUCUUCGGCACUGCAGAGUGAGUUCUUUACAACAAAUCCUCUCCCCUGUGAUCCAUCAACUUUGCCCAAGUACCGACCUAAUAAAGAGUUCGAUGUCAAGCUUCAAAAUGACGAAUCUGUAACGUAUUUUCCGGCUUUCGGGAAAGUUCGCGAAAACAAUUCCUUUAUAAAGCUUUCCAGAGAAUCGUCAGCGAUUCUCGAUCCCGAAUUCAAUGCCGGGUUACAGCCAUCUAUUCAGAACCGGCAAUGGCAGUUGAAUACUAAAAUUUUCAUCGAAGUAGAUCGUCCAGGCUGCCCUACCGAGCCUCGGAAAGGAAUGCCGAGAAACGUAUACUCUCAUUCCAGCCUGUCAAUGCACAGUGGUAACUUUGGAACGUCACGGAUUAUGGACAGAAACCAGAUCCCAUCUAUCAAGGCUAGUGCUCGACAAUUCGGAGCAGCAGAAUUGUCCCGAUUUUCUAACUCCGUUGCUGUUAGAGGCCAUUCACGGUUCCAUAUGACCGGUCCACAGUGGCCCGAAGGGCAUUUUAAAGCCGGAUUUAGCCAUCUCGAUAACGAUCAAUCCUUCCAUUGUUUAUCUAAUAAGCCGAACGCUUCGCACCUAUUGUCCAAGGAAUCGGCGGUGAAGCGUUAUGUUCCGAACGAAAACCGAAUCCAUUGUUCGGGGCCAUUGAUUCCUCCUGGUCCCGGAGAAAACCUUGACGAAGUGAUGAAAGAGCACGAGAGACAAAUGCAGUAUGCCGACCGCAAAUCUCUGUCCUAA